AUGUCCUCUUCAAGAAAAAGACACAUCAUUGAUGACGAUGACGAGGACCAGCUCGGAUCCCAGGAUAUCCACUCCUCUUCGCGUGCUCCGUCUGAGGCCAACUCUUCUCCCAGAAGACUACCUCCUUCUUCUCCCGCCAUUCCUUUCGAGGAAGACGACGAAGACAUAAUUCCCGAUAUUGACGAUCUUGAGGAUCAGAUCCAAGAAGACGAAGAGGAGGAGGAUGCCGAGGACUUGAUUGGAGACGAUAUGAUGAGGGAUUACACUCUAAACGCAGACAAGGAUACGUACAAUCUGGGUGCUCGUGAUAUCGAUGACGAUGAGUACGACGCAAUGUCUGCAGACGAGAGAAUGAGAGUCGAUGCCUUGUUGAACGCAAGAGAUGAUGCCAGAAAGAGACGCGAUAACCUGUAUCUGGACGAAGAAGAGGAGGAUGUUCCUAGAGAUCAGUUUGGCUUGCCCAUCCAGAGAAGGAGAAGAAGACACGCAUACGACGAUGAAGACGAAGACGUGUUUGCCGGUGUUGAUCCUCUCACCGAGGAACUUUCGUUGGAGUCUCUGGCUGAUGUGAAAGCUCCUAGUAUUCUGGAGUGGAUUCUCAUGCCUAACGUCACCAGAACUAUUGCCAGAGAGUUGAAAUCGUUCCUGCUGGAAUACACCGAUGAGAAGGGUAAAUCCGUUUAUGGUGCAAGAAUCAGAACUUUGGGUGAAGUCAAUGCCGAGUCGUUGGAGGUGUCGUACCUGCACCUGACUGAGUCCAAGGCGAUUCUGGCACUGUUUUUGGCCUCGUGUCCAGAAGAGGUGCUCAAGAUAUUCGACGUCGUCGCGAUGGAGGCUACUGAAUUGCAUUAUCCUGAUUAUGCCCAGAUCCACUCGGAUAUCCAUGUCCGUAUCACCGACUUCCCAAGGGUCAACAACCUCAGAGAGCUACGUGAGGCCAACCUUAACUCAUUGGUCAGAGUCACUGGUGUUGUCACCAGGAGAACUGGUGUUUUCCCACAGCUCAAAUACGUUAAAUUCGAUUGUUUGAAGUGUGGUUUUAUCCUCGGACCUUUCUUCCAGGAUUCUCACGACGAGGUUAAGAUCAAGUUCUGUACCAACUGUCAGGCUCGUGGUCCCUUCAAGAUGAACUCCGAGAAAACCUUGUACAGAAACUACCAGAGAAUCACAGUUCAGGAUUCGCCCGGAUCUGUUCCAGCCGGUAGACUUCCUCGUCACAAGGAGAUCAUUUUGCUGUGGGAUCUCGUGGACAGCGUCAAACCAGGUGAAGAGGUAGAGGUGACCGGAGUCUACAAGAACUCCUACGAUGGAACCUUGAACGCAAAGAAUGGUUUCCCAGUUUUCGCUACAAUCAUCGAAGCGAAUGCUGUCAAACGUCGUGAAGGUGCCAGUGAACACGGUGGUUCUACUUUCCAAUGGACCGAUGAAGACGAGAGGGAGAUCAGGAAACUUUCGAGGGAAAGAGGAAUCAUCGACAAGAUCAUCUCGUCGAUGGCCCCUUCCAUAUACGGUCACAGGGAUAUCAAGACAGCUGUGGCAUGCUCUUUGUUUGGAGGUGUUCCCAAGGAUGUAAAUGGAAAGCACUCCAUCAGAGGUGAUAUUAAUGUCCUUUUACUGGGAGACCCCGGUACUGCCAAAUCCCAGAUCCUGAAAUAUAUUGAAAAGACCGCCAACCGUGCUGUCUUUGCUACAGGUCAAGGUGCAUCUGCGGUUGGUCUUACGGCUUCCGUUAGAAAGGAUCCUGUGACCAAGGAAUGGACUUUGGAAGGUGGAGCAUUGGUGUUGGCUGAUAAAGGUGUUUGCCUUAUUGACGAAUUUGACAAGAUGAAUGAUCAGGAUAGAACAUCCAUUCACGAGGCCAUGGAGCAACAGUCCAUUUCCAUCUCCAAGGCCGGUAUUGUGACAACUCUACAUGCCAGAUGUGCUGUGAUUGCAGCCGCCAACCCCACUGGUGGUAGAUACAACUCCACGAUGAACCUGUCUCAGAACGUCAAUCUGACGGAGCCAAUCCUGUCCAGAUUCGAUAUCCUGUGUGUUGUGAAGGAUACGGUAGAUCCUGUCACAGAUGAACGACUGGCUUCUUUCGUCAUUGAUUCCCACAUGAGGUCUCAUCCUUUUGGUAUUGAGGACGCCAUUGAGGCUACUGACGAUAUGGAUGAGGACGAUAAUGGGGAACCUUCCAGGACUAAGAGAGAUAGAUUGCACGCAGAGCAACAGCGUAAGGAGUCUGAAAUUUCGCCAAUAUCACAAGAACUCCUGGUGAAGUACAUCCACUAUGCUCGCACGAAGAUGCAUCCUAAGCUGAACCAAAUGGAUAUGGACAAGGUUUCGCGUGUAUACGCUGACCUCAGAAGAGAAUCGAUAACCACCGGCUCGUUUCCAAUCACAGUCCGUCACUUGGAGUCCAUUCUGAGAAUUGCUGAGUCGUUUGCUAAGAUGAGACUUUCAGAGUACGUUUCCUCCUACGAUAUUGAUAGAGCCAUUAAGGUGAGUGUCGACUCGUUCGUUGGGGCUCAAAAGUAUUCCGUGAGGAAACAAUUGCAGAGAUCCUUCAUGAAGUACACUCUCCCAUCCAGAAGAGCCCUGGAGCAACAACAACAGCGGACGUCAGUUGCUGCUUAG